AGAGACACGACGACGCAGAAAUGGAUUUAAGUGGUACGUCCGAAACGACAGUCCCGGAAUUGGUUCAGAUCCUGAACCAACGAUUUGAAGAGCAAGUCAGUCUCACUUCUACAAAGAUAAAUGAGGCAGAAGAGCGGCAGGAGAGCUUAGCAGUAUGGCUGGUGAGAUCUCGAAUCUUACAAAGAGAGUUCAGUUUUGUCGAAAACAAACUGGGUGAGACCCAAAUGGAAGCCCAGCUUAAGCUAAGGUUCGAUGCACAGGCUAUGGCUAAAAUCGCAUGCGAUUUUAGGAUUCAGUUCCUUUCAUCACGGUCACACUGGAACUGGUUCGCAAUAGAGCGGCAUAACUGCAUAAUUUCGGUAUGUGCAGUCGGAAAAAAAAACCCAUCAUCUUGCAGUCACUUGGACUAAAUUCACCAGCACCAGUAUAUAUCAACGAGCAGCUUACAAAAGAAAUCUACCCGAUUUUUAAAGAAGCUUUACAAGAGAAUUUAUGUAAGUUUAGGCCCUGGAACAUUUUAGCAACUUUUGUGAAUCAUUUGUACCAUCCCUGGCAUGUACUGUGAUGGGCGCAGUUCGCGCUUGGACAAAUGCACGCACGCGCAUGCUUACAUACAUACAUAUGCAUUCAUGUCUGAAGAUAUGUUCCUGGCUCCCCCUGUUACGUUGAGACCUACAUAAUGCGAUUGCUAUAAAAUGAUCCUUCCUGAAUAUGUGCAUACAUGUGCAAUCUGAAAUUGGUGUCUGACAAAUAUGUUUCUGCAACAAACAUAAAAAAAUUCAAGCUCGGAAAGAUUUAAAUUUGGAAAUAAUGGAACCGAAAAGAUGGCACUUGCAGCUGUCAUGUUUUUUCCUGCUGCUUAGCUCAACAUUUUCAGAUGUUGGCAAAAUAACGUCCUCUCAAAAUCACUUUGGAAAUACUAUACAGAGUCAGUUCACCACCAAAAACAACACUAGGGUAAUUGCCCAGAAAGGAGGGCUUGCCAUAUUACCCUGUGUCGUCAAAAUUAACUCUCCAGCAACGGUUUCUUGGAUACGCAGGAAAGAUUUCCAGCUACUAACGGUUGGGUUGUCAACACAUAGUAGCGAUAAAAGGUUUUUGGUUGAGCAUACGCGGCAUAUGGGUCACUGGUCUCUUAGAAUUAAAGCCGUCAGAGAAGAGGAUCGUGGAUUUUAUGAGUGUCAAUUAUCAAUUUACCCAACUCAGUCAAUUUUUAUUGAACUAAAAAUCGUCGAAGCGGUUGCUGAAAUUUCAAGCGCACCUGAGCUUCACAUAGACGAAACUUCUACUUUACGGCUUGAGUGUAAACUUAAGCGGGCGACGGAAAAUCCCUCUUUUGUAUUUUGGUAUCAUGACAACAAAAUGAUUAAUUAUGAUGUACAAGGCGGUUUUGUUGUGACGUCGAUGGAAUCAAAUGGGAAGAGUAGCGUACAAAACGGACACAUUUUUAGAGUCUUGCCCGGGUUUGCUGGUAACAAAUCACGUAUUAUCCCUAUUCCGGAUCCCGUGGAGUCAAUUAAUGGAAUUCUAAAUAGCAAAACCGUAGCCACUUCAGCAAACUUCAUAUCGCCGAAUCCACCAUAUUUACAACCGCACCAGUCCUCAUAUCUUCUUGCUCCUUCUAUGAGUGUUCUAAGUAUUAAACAGGUUAAUUUUCGGCAUGCUGGUAACUAUACCUGUGCUCCAUCAAAUGCCCGUCCUGCUAGCAUUACGGUACAUGUUUUAAGAGGAGAAAAAACUGCUGCCAUGCAACACGCUAAUCGAAGUUCUUUGGAUAGUGAGAAUUUGAGCAACAGCACUUUUGGGUUAAUUAGUAUAGGUGGUAUCAAUGGCACAAUCAGCCUAGUAUUAGCCAAAAGCUUAUUAUAUAUCUCAAUCAUAUUCCUAUUAGUAAGCGUUCUAUCAAAUUUUCGCCUACUAAAAGUUGUAGAUUCCCUAAUAUUCCUAGCAUUUAUAAUAUUACUCAUGGAAAGCUGAAAGUAAUUCAUGUUAUAAGAAAUGGAGCAAAUUCAAUCAACCGAAAGUAAAAAAAAUGCUCCAAGUUAUAAUUAUAAUUAUCGUACAUAUACAGGUAUAUGUAUAAUAUCGACAUACUUAUGUUCCAUGUAUAAGUCCCUUACCUAAACCUUUACUAUCAUACAAGCUUUAUAUGCAUUUUUAGAGAAAAAAAAUUGAUGUAUACUAAUUUUAAACUGUAAAUAGACUUUCAUAACAUACAAUGUAUUGAAUCGUGAAAUAAGAAAAUUCAUCUACUUGUUACCAAAUAUACAAAAAUUAUGUAGAAUACAUACUCUGUACAUUAAUUCAUAAGAUACAAAUACUGCAGUUAUGAUUAGGAGUUCAUAUUUAUUUACAUGUACUGAAAUUUUAGCGUUAAACCCACAGAUCAUACAAGAAUGAUAAAAGAGUAAUUUGUUAUAUAUGUAUGUAACUGUUAUUUUGCUGUUCAAUAUGACUAUGCAACAAAAAAAAAACUGCCGUCAGAAUUUUAAUUUAAAAAAAUUAAUGUGUAUGGUACAAUUUAAAUUAAAUAAAAAUAUUACCGUAAGUUUGAACGCAUACAAUGGUAUUGUAGCUCCAU